CUCCACUGUUUCGGACAUCGCAAUCUAAAUCCAACACCCACAUAUUAAUUUCAGGAAGAUGCAAGUUGGACAGGCACAGAGCCAGAGACACUUAAUUACCGAAGCAAGAAGAGUAGCAACGCCACAGACAAACUGAAAUGUUUUGAUACCGUAACUCUUUGGGAAUGCCACUUUAAAACUUGGUUGUAUCGACGCAUUGCAUUCUAUGUAACUCGUACUACCCCUUCUGGACUGUAUGAUGGACUGGACGGUUAGCAGUCGGGCCCUAUUGUGGUGCAUUUUCACGUUACUGUGUAGUAUUGACCCACUUCAAAUGAGUUUCUGCCACGCCAGCACCGUCUCCCUCCCCGAAAGCCUGCUCUUUGUGUCCACCCUGGAUGGAAACCUACACGCCGUCAGCAAGAAAUCAGGCUCUAUCAAAUGGACGCUGAAAGAGGAUCCUGUUCUGCAGGUUCCAACGCAUGUGGCAGAGCCAGCUUUUCUGCCUGACCCUAACGAUGGCAGCCUGUACUCUCUAGGAGGGAAGAACAACGAGGGACUGACUAAACUGCCUUUCACCAUACCUGAGCUGGUCCAGGCGUCGCCCUGCCGCAGCUCUGACGGGAUCAUCUACAUGGGGAAGAAGCAGGACCUGUGGUACGUGGUGGACCUGUUGACAGGGGAGAAGCAGCAGACCCUCACUUCCUCCUUUGCUGAGAUGCUGUGUCCCUCCUCCUCCCUGCUCUACCUGGGACGUACCGAGUACACUAUCACCAUGUACGACACCAAGAGUAGAGAGCUCCGCUGGAAUGCCACCUACUUCGACUACGCCUCCACGGUGCCUGACGACGACACCAAAUACAAGAUGGCCCACUUUGUCUCCAAUGGUGACGGGCUGGUGGUGACAGUGGACAGUGAGUCGGGUGACGUCCAGUGGAUCCAGAAUUACAACUCCCCCGUGGUGGCCAUGUACAUAUGGCAGCGCGAGGGCCUGUGCAAGGUGCCGCUCACCAACGUCGCUGUGGAAACGCUGCGCUACCUCACCUUCAUGUCAGGCGAGGUGGGCCGCAUCACGCAGUGGAAGUAUCCCUUCCCCAAGGAGAAGAAGCCCAAGAACAAGCUCAUGGCCACACUCUACGUAGGCAAGUACUCCACCAGCCUGUACGCAUCGCCCUCCCUGGUGCAUGAUGGGGUCACGGUCGUGCCCCGCGGCAGCACCUUCCCCAUGCUGGAGGGUCCUAACAGCCAGGAGGUAACAAUGGAGGAGGAGUGUGUGAUCACCCCCAGGACCAGCGUCAAAUUCAACUCUGCCCUGAGGGAACGCAACCACAUCAACUUCAUGAGGAACCACCUGCUCCUCAUAGGUCAUCAUGAGACGCCUCCUGAUGCCCAUAACAAGAUCCUGGAGAAGUUCCCUGACAGUAUCCCACGCCAGCAGGGCAAUGUCAUCCCCACCACCACAGAGAAGACCCUAGAGGAGAAGGUGAAUGAGAGUGACAUGGGAGAAGGCCCCACUGUGGGCCCCAGCCCUCCGGCGGUCACCUCCAUCCAGGAGCAGCGUGGGCAGACCACACCGGUGAGGGUGGAGGCCCCUGUGGACUCCAUGCUUAAAGACAUGGCCACCAUCAUUUUCAGCACCUUCCUCCUGGCCGGCUGGGUAGCCUUCAUCAUCAUCUACCCCAAGAGUGUUCACAAACAGCAGCAGCUGCAGCAUGAACAGUUCCAGAGGCAGUUGGAUGAGCGGCUGGAUCUCCUGAGGAGACAGCCGUUCUCUGCCCCGGGGACUGACCUGCCCCUGCUGGCCCCGGACGCUGACUCAGACCACAGCAGCCCCAACGGCACCCCCAACAUCACCCCCCGUGCAUCCAACCACUCCAACCUAUCUGUGCCCGAGCUGGGCAGCUCCGCCAACGAGCACGAGGACAGAGAUGAGGACUCCAACAUGGUCAGAGUUGGAAAGAUAACGUUCCGGCCCAAAAAUGUUUUGGGACACGGUGCAGAGGGAACCAUCGUGUAUAAGGGUCAGUUUGACAACCGUGCCGUGGCAGUCAAGAGGAUCCUCCCAGAAUGCUUCAGCUUUGCUGACCGUGAGGUGGACCUGCUGCGCGAGUCGGACGAGCACCCCAACGUCAUCCGUUACUUCUGCACAGAGAGGGACCGCCAGUUCCAGUACAUCGCCAUAGAGCUGUGUGCCGCCUCACUGCAAGAGUAUGUGGAGAGACAGGAUUUUGAUCGGCAUGGACUGGAGCCUGUGAUGCUGCUGCAGCAGACCAUGUCAGGACUGGCACACCUGCACUCCCUCAAUAUAGUGCACAGAGACCUGAAGCCCCACAACAUCCUGGUGUCCAUGCCCAACGCCCACGGUCGGGCGCGGGCCAUGAUCUCCGACUUUGGCCUGUGUAAGAAGCUGGCGGUGGGCCGACACAGCUUCAGCAGGAGGUCCGGGGUGCCCGGCACCGAGGGGUGGAUCGCCCCAGAGGUCCUCAGUGAGGACUGCAAGGACAACCCUACGUGCACGGUGGACAUCUUCUCUGCAGGCUGUGUGUUCUACUAUGUGGUGUCCUGGGGAAGUCAUCCCUUUGGCAAGUCCCUGCAGAGGCAAGCCAACAUACUGCUGGGAGCCUACAGCCUGGACCAGCUACAGCCCCACAAACAUGAGGACAUCGUGGCCGCAGACCUGAUAGAACAGAUGCUGAGCAUGGAGCCCCAGAGGAGGCCUUCUGCUGAGAGCGUGCUCAAACACCCUUUCUUCUGGAGCCUGGAGAAACAGCUGCAGUUCUUCCAGGACUUGAGUGACAGGAUAGAGAAGGAGCCGCUGGAUGGACCAAUCGUAAGGCAGUUGGAGCGAGGGGGGCGGGCCGUGGUGAAACUGGACUGGAGGGAGCACAUCACAGUGCCUCUACAGACCGACCUACGCAAAUUCCGGUCGUAUAAAGGAGGGUCUGUCAGAGAUCUUCUCCGUGCCAUGAGAAACAAGAAGCACCAUUACAGGGAGUUACCAGCAGAGGUCCAGGAGACUCUGGGCUCCAUCCCUGAUGACUUUGUCUCCUACUUCACUUCCCGCUUCCCCCACCUGCUGCGCCACACCUACCUGGCCAUGCGCACCUGUGCCCACGAGAGGUCAUUCCUUCCCUACUACUCCAGCUCAGAGCAGCUCUCCUGGAUACGGACUCCCUACACACACCCCGGGCCCAAGGCCACAGAGCUGCUGCAGACACACACGUCGCAGCCGGAGGAACCCACACCGUCAAACACAGUACCCUCACAGCCUGAGAAGAAGCACCAUUACAGGGAGUUACCAGCAGAGGUCCAGGAGACUCUGGGCUCCAUCGCUGAUGACUGUCACCUACUUCACCUCCCGUGCCACACCUACCUGGCCAUGCACACCUGUGCACAGGAGGCACUUCCUUCCCUACUACUCCAGCUCAGAGCAGCUCGCCUGGAUACGGACUCACUACACACACACCGGGCCCAAGGCCACAGAGCUGCUGCAGACACACACGUCGCAGCCGGAGGAACCAACACCGUCAAACACAGUACCCUCACAGCCUGUGAUGGUGUCAAGCACAUAUCCAUCCACAGACCCCAUACAGUCAGUGACAGUAUCAGACUCUACACCCAUAUAGUCACUAUCAAACACAACCACAUUAUCAGUAGAGCCAGUAUCAUCCACAUCAUUACCAGUCAAACCAGUACUGCCUACAUCACCCUCAUCCACACUGCCAGACCUGCCCCCACAGACAGUUGCCCACCCAGCCCUCAGAACCCUCCACACCCUCAGAAAUCUCCCCUACAAAUCCCGUGCCACACUGGACACGGAGCCUGCCUGAAAGCCAGGUGAUGGGUACGGCACAGAGGAGCGUUGCCUUGGGGUUUUAGGCUGGGUUUCUGUAUAGCACUCUGUGACACCUGCGGAUGUAAAAAGGGCGUUUUAUAAAUACAUUUGAUUGAUUGCCUUACGAGUGGACACAUACUGGGGCCCUGUGGCUCUUUCCUGUGCUGGUGAGGACCAGGCCUGCAUUGCCUGGGACCUGCCGACGGGGCAGCAGCAGCCCAAACCAAGUGCCUUUCCUACUCUACUGAGACAAAAUGGCUCAGAAUGGAACCGGCCCAAGGUCCCCCGAUGCAUCAAGAAGCCAGGGUGGAAAUGAACUAGUGUGGGCAGAGAGAACCUGUUUUAUUUGCAAUGGAGUCCUGCCUCAUGUCAAGUAUUGUUGGGCACAAAAUACUUGGCAAUGCAAGGGAGGAAUUCUUCUGUUUAUGUUGGAAGAUUUAAGUCAACAAUGGUAGUUUUACUGUACAAUGUUCCCUCAGUGAGCCUUUUCACUGUAAAGAGGUGUAUAUUUUUGUAUAUGUGACUACUUGAUAAUGACUUGAUCAAUGAUAAUCAUAUGAUGUGGCCAUUAUGCCUUUUUUAAAUAACACUGUGCUAUGUAUGUGAGCUCUGUAAGGGUAGAUGUCUCUGAAAUAGUUUUACUUGCUGCUGCAGAUGCUGCUUGUCUCUCUUCACUCAGUACUAUUUCAGUGCCUGUCUUCCUGUGCAGUCAAGGAGAGAUAUUCCAAAGGGUGUUUGAAUUGAACACUGGUAAAAGCAUGUGUUUCUUUUCUACUUUUAUCUUAUCUCUGUUAGCGUUGUGCUGUACAUCGGGCACAAAUAAAUAUUGUUUUUUUAUUGCAGGGCGUCAGCCAAAGUCUUGUUUGCUUGAUCUCUUGACACACUAGGCAUAACUAAAACUUGUUCGGCUACAAGUCAUGAUAGGAUGAUUACAGAAAGUAUUCACCUUACAUUCUGGGUUAUGGGCUUUAGUUUUUUUGACCAUUCUUUAAUGGAGGAAUUAUAUAUAUUCUCUCAUCCCAUAUUCCUUAAUGAUGAUCCAAUGCAACAUGUUUUAUUCAAUCAUAUCCAUUGAAUAACAGAUUAAUAGGUAUUUAACUGUAAUAGUUUAAUAUUUGAUUUAUUUUGUACGGUGUUUUUAUGUACUGUCCAUACUACACACUGUUUCACAAUUUUCUAAUUUUGCAUUGCCAACGAAUAUGCAGCUGUUUAAGUGAAAAAGCCAAAUAAAUCAGCGUUAUAUUUGUGCCUUUGAACUUUA